AUGGCGGCAUUUACUUUAUCCGAAGUCUGCGUCCAUUGCGCUGAGCUCAUUGCCAGUGUUCCUGUCUACGUCAUUCUGGUCGCAUUAGCCACGACAUCGAUUGGAUUAGUUGUCCUUCUCUACGUUUUCCUCUCAUCAGUCGCCCCAGUCCCACGGCAACCAUUACCAGAAGAGAAAAAAUAUCGAACCAUCACAGAAGACGGAUCGGUCACUGAGCCCCAACCACUACCCUGCUGGAACGAUGCUCUGGACGGCGAGAAACGCGCCGAUCGUCUGCCAAACUCCUCGACCAUAGAAGAUGCAUCUCUAUUCAUGUCCUUGGUCAUACCAGCGUAUAAUGAAGAAACCCGUCUAGGUGGGAUGUUAGAAGAGGCGGUCAAUUAUCUAGAACGGAUGUAUGGAACAUUGAGGGAUUCUGAAGAGAAAGCAAUUCGGCAACGGAAAUCAGCUACCAAUGGACAUGCAAAUGGCCACGCAGCAAACGGUACGAUCCACAGCAAUAAGGGCUGGGAAAUUAUCAUUGUCUCGGACGGGUCUACAGACAGUACAGAAGAAAUGGCAUUUUCUUUUGCGCGAGACCACCAGCUUUCACUCCAUCCGAAAGGCUAUGCCGGUCCCUGGACGCCUGGAACACAGGAGGGCGUUCACAUCCCUCCUGGGACCAUUCGCGUGGUUACGCUGGCGCAGAAUCGAGGCAAGGGCGGAGCUGUCACCCACGGAAUGAGACAUGUUCGUGGCCAGUAUGUCAUCUUUGCAGACGCCGACGGGGCAACCAACUUUGAGGACCUGGGAAAACUUGUCACGGCGUGUCAGAAGAUCGAGGACUCCGAUGGACGCGGUGUUGCGGUUGGCUCUCGAGCUCAUAUGGUUGGAAGCGAGGCCGUCGUCAAGCGCUCAAAACUGCGUAAUUUCUUGAUGCACUCGUUUCAUCUAAUCCUCUGGCUUAUGACGCCUUCCAAAACGGCCACCAUCAAAGAUACCCAGUGUGGAUUCAAGUUGUUCUCUAGAGCGUCGCUCCCUUUCAUUAUCCCGCACAUGCAUUCGGAGGGUUGGAUUUUUGACGUCGAGAUGCUCAUGCUGGCUGAAUUUGCCCAAAUCCCUGUUGCAGAGGUCCCCGUCUGCUGGCGAGAAGUCAAGGGAAGCAAGCUAAACGUUCUACGAGAUAGCAUCGGGAUGGCUUGGGGCCUAGCAGUGCUACGCGGUGCCUGGUCACUAGGUGUUUAUAGACGAACUUGA